AUGAAGACCAUAUUAAUUUUACUCUUUCUUUCCCUUGCAAUAAUCCUCCCCUUGUCAGCCUUGGCAACUUGCGCCACCACCGACACUCCCAACAACCAAGCAUGGAUAGCUGUACGCGAUACUAAUGGCAAACCCCUCAACGCAAGCAAUAGGUACUGGAUACGUCCGGCCUACACCACUAUGGACACUGGAGGCUCACGUCUUGCUAAUCUUGAUGAUCAACAACAAACCACUACUUGUCCUAAAUCGGUAGUACUAUCGAACCUUCCUACAGACAAUGGUAUCGCGGUUUAUUUUACACCUAAGAAUCCUAAUAAAUAUCAAUUGAUUUUGGCGUCCUCUCCGUUAAACAUCCAUUUCUAUUUUGAUUAUCCUUUGUGUUCUAACUUUGCUGUGUGGAAGGUUGACAACCUUGUAUCAAAAUGGCCACCAAUUCUACACACCAUAAGCACAGGUGCAAAGUUGGGAAAUCCCAACGAUUUUAGCAGUUGGUUCCAAAUUUGGCCUCGCAAAGGUGGUAACUAUAAGCUAGUGUUCUAUCUCGAAGGCACUACUUUUUGCAGCAACGUUGGCUUGAUCCCCCAAAGUCAUCGUUUGGUUCUCUCAGAGGACCCAAUGCCCUUUGUGUUCAAACUGGAUGAUAAAUAUGGAGUGGCAGCCGAUGCAUGA